AUGGGAGAGUCUGUUAAACUAAUCCUAACGAAGCAGAUCGAGCAGGUGAGCCAGCUGGCGUCCCUGGUCCAGGCUCAGGUGGAGUACCACAGCCGCGCGGCUGAGAUCCUCACACAGCUGUCGAGCAAGAUGGAGGAACGGAUAAGAGAUUCCUCCAACAAGCCCAGGAAAGAGUUUGUCCCCAAGCCGAGGACCUCCAUGGAUUUCUCCAUCAGUGAGAACCACAACGGAGGUAUUCACAGCGGUUCUGCUAAGUCCCCAGCAGCCAGGUCUCCAGCCAGGUCGCCAGCCAGGUCACCAGCCCCCCUGGACCAGCCCUGCUGCCGUGCCCUGUACGACUUUGACCCGGAGAACGAGGGAGAGCUGGGCUUUAAGGAGGGUGACAUCAUCACCCUGACCAACAAGAUCGACGACAACUGGUACGAGGGAAUGCUGCACGGCAACUCUGGCUUCUUCCCAGUCAACUACGUGGACAUCCUUGUCCCCCUCCCCCACUAGAGGGCGCUCCUCGGCCGGCGCCAGAAGUCGCUUGGUUGGCUUUAGCGGCGGCAGCAGAGAAGCUGUUUCCCCGUCCCCUCUCCCCCCCUUGACCCUCCGCCCCCCUGCAUCCCCGCCCCUCCACUCCUGAACAUUCCUGGUAACCCUGGUAACCCCCCUUCACUACGAGGAGAAGACAACGCCAUACACAGAUGGGAAGCAAGCCAGUGGUGAGGUUGAGCUGGGGCCGAUGGCGUCAAGCCAUGCGCUCUGUCGGGAUGAUAGGAGGAGGAAGAGCUAAAGACAUUGGGGUUUUGAAAGCCACCGUGGGCAUCACACACUACUGGUUCAAACACUAAGCUGGGGGUCGUGAUCUUUCAGAUGGGUGAUUCAUGGUUUCUUUCAGGAGUUUCUCUUUCAACUCCUGCAGUCUCUCCCUGUCCUCCCUUGUUCAGGCCAGGUGUUCAUUGGCUGAUAAGUAUUUUCCAAAAUGGCCGGCUCUCUUCUUCUCUGUGUUUGUGAAAACUUCUAGAUAGCACCUUUUCUCACUGUCUCAUAUCAUACAGGUUCACGUAUUUCACCUCCCACGGUUUGCUCGUUGCUGUAGGCAUGUUUUCCCCCUUCCGACUGUUCUGUGUUUUAACUUAUUCUUCAGAUUUAACAUGUAGGAACGUUCGAGCUGAAUCUAUGUUUAGGUUUUAUAACUCCUGUCUCCGAGGGCAAAAAAUAUAUAUAAGAAAGAAAAAAACAAGUGGAAGGUGUUCUGUUUGCAUGCGGUAGUUUCUUGGAGGAGUUGGCCUUCAUCUCAUGCAGACUGUUUUCCCAGACAGUCUCCUCAACGUCCGGCUGUCAUUCAAUGAGGGUUCAGGGCGGCAGACCAAACUAAUCAAAACCACUCCAUCCUCAUGCACGCAAAACGAACAAUCGCCUAUCCUAAAUAAGCGAUAUCCUCAACAGACCUGAUUUGGAUAGAGAGAGAGGCCUCUCUGCGUGACUCUGUCUAACGUGAUUUAAGACGCUAAAGUUGACCUGCCGAACAGCCGAACAGCCCUGAGCAGGACUCUGACGAAGCUGAGAGCGUAUCCAUGGCAGAUAUACUUAAUAUACAGUAUGUAUAUAUAUGUACAUAUAUAUAUACACAGCAUAAAAAAUAUUGCCGUUCUGAAAACCACAUUUCUGUCAAAUCUCUGUACUGUAAAUUUGAGCCAAUGAUAAUCAAUUGGUAAUUAAUAUUUAUGGCAACAAGCAAAACUCAAAGUAAAAAAUGACAGAUUGUGAAGUUCAACUGUUUUAAGUGACGUCAAACCAGAGCUGAAGCUUUCUUCUCAGUAUGAAAUUCCUUUAAAAAAAUAUAUGAUUAAAAAAUCUGUGUGUAUUUUAUUGAUGACGUGGAAAUAUUUGUGAAAAAUGGUCAAUGUAUUGUGAUAUAAUAAUAAUUACUUAUAGAAAUGUACCGCUUAUCGGAGCUAGCCGUAUUUCCUUCAGCUGAAGUGAGGUAUUCCUCUCUUUUAGGAGAAUGUCUUUUAGAAGGCAGGUAGUCUUCAAUAGUGUAGC